AUGGUGAAACUGGAGAAUCCGUCAUGGCCUCUAUCAUAUUCAGAAGAAGACGUGAAAAAAGUUUUGCAAAUGUCAGAGGAAUCUAUUCGUGCUCAAGAGAGAUAUCCUUAUACUGCAUUUGCUAACCAUGUCAGGGAGAUCAACUAUGGAAAUUCUUAUUUCUUUAGGUUGACCCCUUCAGAGCUUGUGAGUAUUUUAACAACUGCUUAUCCAUCAACUUUUUCUGUGGUUGUUGUUGGUAAUAUUGAUCCUGCCACUGCUUGCCCUCUGGGCGGGAUCCCAAGACCUCCGAAGCCAAUCCUAAAUUUCAAACGCGAUGAACUCAAUGGCUUGCCAUUUACUUUUCCGUCCACUGUAAUUAGGAAAAUUGUGCGGAUCCCCAUGGUGCAAGCUCAGUGUUCAGUCCAAUUAUGCUUUCCGGUUGAACUUAAGAAUGCAAAUAUUAUGGAAGAUGUUCACUUGACUGGAUUAACAAGCAAGCUUCUGGAAACAAAGAUAGUACAAGUCCUCCGCUUUAAGCAUGGAAAGGUGCGCUCAUGA